GAGGCCGGCGGCCACAUCGUCACCCUCAAGUUCGAAGGCGUGAAGCUGACGAGCCCCCCGGCCCUCCCGGAGUGGGGCGACGAGUCCUGGCAGAUCACGAAGGCGGACGCCGCGAGGAACCUUCACAAGCAGGGGGGGAUGCACCCGAGCGUCAUAGCAAGGUGUCUCGAGUCCAGCGAGGCGGAGAUCGAGUGGAUGUGUGCGGAGGCCGACAAGUCGCCGAGCCAGAGCAAGCAGCGUCAGCGCAGCGGCAGAGCCAGGCAAGAGGCAGCGCCAAGAGAGCCGUCUGGGACCACAACUACUACUUUUUGGUCAAGAACCCCAAUCUGGACGAGGCCAAGCUGUCGAUCACGUACGAGGAGGCGAGCAAGAAGACCACCCUGACGAACGAGAUGGUCCUGAGCCGGGAUCUUCUCUCGAAGGAGAUCGACACUCGCGGCGACGCCUCGGGCCGGCCCGCCCAUGCGGCCAGCGGCUUCAGCCAGGCGGUGGACUGGGCCCUCCAGGAGAAGCGGGAAGGGCAAGGGCCACGACGUGUCGCUGAAGGAUCCCUCGUCGUCCAGCUCUUCGCCCUCGGCCCGAACCUGCUGCAGGGGCCGAGGGAGUCGGCGAGGGUGGUCCCGAGGGCGCAGAGGUCCAUGGGCGAUCUGAGGUGCUCGACGGCCGCGGGCCUGGGCCUCUUCUAG